GGUUGGCAAACAAAUAACGGAAUAACCGGUCUCUUAUGUAGAAAACGACGUCGUUCAAUUUGACGGUAAUCUGAUCGGCAUCUGUCCGGUCCCUGUGAAGAGUGGAGUUCCAGUGGGAGGAAGAUGGGAAUGUCGCACAGUGACCUGGCAUGAUUCACCUGACCAGCCCACCUUCUCCCUCCCUCGACGAUGUCGUUUCCCGACCCUCCCCCGCUCUCCUCUCGAGGCCCCUCCCACCGCCGCGCCCAAUCCGAGGGCCAAUUCCGAUUACCCGACGACUUCGAUCUCGAGCCAUCCCUCUUCGAUGGCCCUUCCUUCGCUCUCGACCAUCUGGGAUCAGAGCACGACCUCUUAUCCGCCUACAUGCAUCUUGACAAAUCCGGAUCGCAGCUUCACUCUCCAUCAUCCGACCCCAAACCCGGAACCUCCGAGACUCCUCAUGCCAAUGAUGGACCCGUUGGGACUAGCGGCGACGGUGACGAGCCCCCCAGACCUCGCCAUCGGCACAGCAAUUCAGCCGAUGGGACUUUCGUGCUCGAGGCCAUUGAGGCUAAGAAGGCAAUGGCUCCUGAUAAGCUUGCCGAAUUGUGGGUUGUUGAUCCUAAGCGAGCAAAGAGGAUUCUGGCAAAUCGCCAUUCUGCCGCUCGUUCAAAAGAGAGGAAAGCGCGCUAUGUGCUAGAACUUGAGAAAAAAAUUCAUAUUCUUCAAACAGAAGCAACCACUCUUUCAGCUCAACUAAAUCUCUUCCAGAGAGAUACAACUGGUUUAACAAGUGAAAAUACAGAGCUAAAGCUCCGAUUACAAGCUAUGGAGCAACAAGCUAAGUUACGUGAUGCUCUGAAUGAAGCAUUGAAGAAAGAGGUUGAUAGGCUUAAGGUUGCUACUGGAGAGACAGUUACUUCAACCUUAACCCAAACGUAUAAUGUGCAAGGGCAUCAAAUUCCAUACUCUCUAGGUUCUUUCUUCUUACAUCAGCCACAGUGUGGACCAGUUGGUGAACCUCAGAUCAUGCAAAUGCAGCAGUUACAUGCACUCUCAUAUAAUAUGCCAAAUCCUCAUCAGCCUCUGCUUGCCGUAGCCAACCCGCAUGACUUAUCGGAGAUGUUGCCUCAGGAAUCUAUUGGCCAAUUCCAGGGGCUUGAGAUAAGCACCGGGGGCGCUCCCCUUCUGAUGCCUGAUAGUCCCUCUGGUUCUGUGAAACAAACCAGCAGUGCAUUUUAAUGCAAAUUUGAUUAACCACCUUGUCACCGCCCAGUUUAUUGAAUUGUUCGUAGGCUGACAUAAUUGAGACGCGAAGGUUUUCUUCUCUGUGUUUAGUUCUUCAUUUGAUCAAAUUUCACAUUUUUGGCGGCUCAUUCAGGGUUCCGGAGCACUUCCUUUUAAAAUUUUGUUAGAUUUGUCUGAAUUCUGAAUUCAGAUGCUGUUUGGGGUUCCUUUUAUCUAUGAGACACGUUUUACAGUUC